GUCUCGGUACUUAACCAGUGUAUAUUCUCGAAUUGCAAAAGUAUAUCAGUAUAGCAAGAACAGCGGAAGAUAUCGCGCAUAGCUUAUCAUUUGUUGGGUUUAUCGCAACUAGACUCCAGUCGACUACUAAAUAUGUUGUCCUUCACUUCCGGUUGAGAAAAAAUAUUUGAUAUGUACUCUGAAUCCAAAUAAGUGGAACAUUAAAAGUAGGUUAUUCACCAUUUCUUGCUAGUAAAGUAACAUCAAGUGAAUUUAGUGAAAAAAAGUAAUGAAAGUUUUGCCUUGAGCAGCCAAGUGCUGGAAGCUGAUAAUGAACUGUAUGUGAAAUGUUGUCUGCAUUGCGACUGUAGUGACAUAACACGAAAAUACGACUGAAUUACUUUCUAGCAGUAUUUGUAAUGCAGCAGCGGUGUGCGAAUGGACUACUCUGGAUGCAGCUAUUCUUAACCCUUUUCCAUCGGUAGCUGCUAUGUAGAUAAACUCAGAUGAACAAUAAAGUGUUAUUUCAGGAGUUUUUAGUUAAUCGUGGCUUUUGGCAAGCAAGGAAGUUUCAAUUGCGUAGUGUUUUAUGGUGAUUGCAAAAGUAAAAGUACGUUCUUACGGUGCAACUGUGCAUGACCGUUUUCAGCUGUUUGUGAUAUAGAACGUAUGAGUCGUUCUCAAUGUUUUCCUUGAGCGCGUAGACACUUCAUGUAUUGUGUUUUAAUGUGCCUUCGAAUUUCAAAUAAAAUUCGCGCGUUUUGGGAUUAAAUGACUGGUUAAAAGUCUAACGGUCCAUUCUAGAGGAUAUAUUUUUGUGCAACGUUUUAAUAACUACCUAACAGUUGCUUAUUUUCACCAGUCGAGUGCAUAAGAAAGAAAAAAUACUAAGCCUGAAUAAGCAGUUUUCUUCAUCUUCAGCAGCUGUGGCGGUGGAGAACAUUCGAGAUGAUGAACUAGCAAAUUGCGGAUGGUGCGCUCGAAUCCAGUGUCCGGUAUGUGAUUUGUUUGUAUCUCGGCAAGUGGAUGUGAUAGCGAAUAAAAAUGCCGACAGUUAUUUCAAAAUUUGCCAAAAGUGUCAUCGACAAGCUUGAGGAGUUAGGAUAUUCAAAAGAGUUGGUCUCCAAAGGUUUAGUGUCCACUGCAUUACUUGCCUACUGUUUGAAGUUAUCCUAUCCUCACAUCAAACAGCAGUUCAACCCCAAGAAAAGUGUAUCUGAAAGCAAAUGUGAUAACGGUUUGAGUAGAAAUGAAAACAACAAUCUUACCAAACCGGUACAACCCGAAGAUCCGGAAGAAAAGAUCGAGAAGAUAAUCAUCGAAAAGAAGCGACGACGGAAAAAGCCGCCUGGUCUUAACCUCGAGUUCAUACUGCAACUGAGAAAGCUUAUACAGAUCAUGAUCCCUCGUAUUAUCUGUGAGGAGACUGGUCUUCUGGCGGUUCAUACUCUGUGCCUCAUUUCUCGAACCUUCCUCAGCAUCUAUGUUGCCGCAAUGGAAGGUGCCAUAGUAAAGUAUAUAGUGCGAAAAGAUGUCAAAAAUUUUGUACUCAUGCUGCUUAAAUGGUUUGGUAUAGCCAUACCUGCAACGUUUGUCAAUUCUAUGAUACGAUACCUGGAAAACAAAUUAGCGGUGGCGUUCAGAACCAGACUAGUGAAUCACGCUUACGGUUUGUACUUCAAGAAUCAAACCUACUACAAAGUGUCCAAUUUGGAUGGACGAAUCGAAAACGCCGAUCACCGCCUAACUGAUGAUAUAUCGACCUUCUCUAGCUCGGUCGCUCACCUUUAUAGCCACUUGACGAAACCAUGCUUCGAUCUAAUGUUGAUUGGUAUAGCUAUGGCGCGUUCGUCUAAGAAAAUGAAAGCGAACAUUGUGAUGGGACCGGCACUGGCCAUGUGUGUGAUAGGAACGACGGCUCACAUUCUACGGAUAGUGUCACCCAAAUUCGGACAGCUUGUUUCGGAAGAGGCAAAUCGCAACGGGUAUCUACGACAUGUGCAUUCCAAGAUAAUAACUAAUGCUGAGGAGAUAGCUUUUUACGGUGGGCACAAGGUGGAGCACGCACAAUUGCGGGAUGCAUACGCACGCCUGGUGAAUCAAAUGAAUAUUAUCUUCACCCAGAAGCUUUGGUUCAUUAUGCUCGAGCAAUUUUUCAUGAAAUAUGUUUGGUCCGGUACUGGAAUGGUUAUGGUUUCUUUACCUAUAUUAACAACAAGUGGUUUGCCGGACGAUUCAAAAAGUAGUUUAAUCAAAUCGAACUCCGAACAUGGAGUGAGUGAAAGAACGCAAUAUUUUACAACUGCUAGAAACCUAUUACUAAGCGGGGCAGACGCCAUCGAACGCCUUAUGUCUUCUUAUAAGGAGAUUGUUGCUCUCGCGGGAUACACAAGUCGAGUAGCGGGAAUGUUUGAAGUGUUUGACGAAGUCUCUCGAGGGAUUUAUCAGAAAACCGUAGUCACUCCAGACCGAAAUGUAGGUGGAAUUCUAGAAUUUAAAAAUGGACAACCCAUAGCCAAAGGAGAAAUUGUUUGCAGUGAUGUUAGUGGUGAUAUGACCAUAUGUUUGAAAAAUGUGCCAGUCGUGACACCAAACUGUGACAUUGUCGUGUCGAGCUUAACUUUGACUAUAAGCCCUGGAAUGCAUUUACUUAUCACUGGUCCAAAUGGAUGUGGUAAGUCGAGUCUUUUCCGGAUCCUCAGCGGACUAUGGCCGAUCUACGGUGGAACGUUGUGUUUACCAAAGCUAGCAGACGGGAAGCCCUGUAUGUUCUAUAUUCCACAGCGUCCAUAUAUGUCUUGUGGAAGUUUGCGUGAUCAAAUUAUUUAUCCAGACACGCGAAAAGAGAUGACAAAUAAAAACAUUACCGAAUUCCAACUAAGAGAGAUCAUGCGAAUGGUUUGUUUGGAACAUAUUAUCGAUAGGGACAGCUUCGAUGAAAUUCGUGACUGGAAAGAUACUCUCUCUGGUGGGGAAAAACAAAGAAUGGCGAUGGCUCGGCUGUUUUAUCACAAGCCUCAUUACGCUUUACUUGAUGAAUGCACCAGCGCUGUAUCCAUCGAUGUUGAAAGUUCGAUAUAUGAAACAGCUAAAUCGAUGGGGAUCACCUUGCUGACUAUCACCCACCGACCGACUUUGUGGAAAUUUCACACCCACAUUUUGGAGUUUGACGGACAAGGAGGUUGGGUGUUCGAACAACUUGCAACAGAUGCCCAACAACAGAUUCCUAAAUCAAGACAGAGCAUUCAUAGCACAUUCACGUCCUCACAGGAAAUAACCGCUUCAACAGUUUCAGUGUGAAAUAUCAUCACUCACUCGGAAACCAGUCAGUGUUCCAUACAUUGUCCAUCACAAAUUAUCGAGAUUAUUCAAAAAAAAAAACAAACAUUACACAAUCUGUGACCGUUUUAGUGAAAUUUAUUACUCUAGCAGCAUAGUUUAGUAUAAUCAAGGUGAAUUGUUGGCGUACUUAUUGCAUAGCAAGAACAAACUUAGGCAGUUGAAAAUCAUUUCCUAAGCACUUCAGUCAAAAUGCUAUUGAUUCAUUAACACUAUGAAACUAACUUCAAAGCUUUAACGAGUUUGUUUAGGUAUUUUUUAAAUGAAUUAUAAAAAAAAUUUUCUGUACAGUCUGUCAAUCCUACAACCUUCGUUAUUUGUUUCGAUAUGCAUAUUGAACCCAUAGCUUCAUGAAAAUUGUAGUUUUCUAGGGUGAAAAUCAAUGUAAAUGUAAUUACUUUUAACAUUGUUGUAAAAUACAUUUCCAAUGGAUUUCCUAAUAAAUUUAUUCUGUCCUAACUCAGUAAUACUGCAAAAAGAAAA